AAGGCGUCCAAGGCAUCCUUGGUAGCUCGAGGCCUCGCUUCGAAAUCUAAACCUCCUGCGGUUAAAAGGUAAGCCUUUCGGGAAAUAUUUCCAAGUUAUGCAUAAUCUGAAAAGCUUAUUGAAGCCUUAGCUUAUGGUUCAUUAAUUUCCUCAUUUGUUUUCUUAAAGCGUAAUGAAUCCAUGCGUCCUUGUCUUCUGUUCUAUGAAUGCGCCAUCGUCAUCAUCGUCAUCAUCAUCAUCAUCAUAUAUCAUCAUCAUCAUUAUCAUCAUCAUCAUCAUCAUUGCUGGUUUGCACGUGACGUCACAGCGGCCAUGUUGGUGGUCAAGAACAAAAGCAUUUCUCUCCUCUGGGAACUAAAAUCUAUUUUCAUAAAAUUCUUCGAGGAAAUAUUCUUUUGUUUUGACCCCCAACAUGGCCGCCUUAUCACGUGGUUGCAAACCAAGAAUCAUCAUAGAUGAAGUAUUAAAUAAAUGAAUGUGAUGAUUUGAUUUUUUUUUUGUCCUCAAACUAAUUCAGAGUUCAGAAAGGACAGAAAAGUGCAGCCAAGGAAUCCAAACCCGGGUACAGUCUUUAUACCUCAGAUUCUGAAGACCAGGUACUUCACAUUAACUCAUUUAGGAUGAGAAUCUUCCUUUUGUGUCUCUCUGGGAUCUUUUCAGGGAGUUGACAGUCAAACCUCAAUGGGUGAUCACUUUGUAGCAACUACCUUCCACAUUCACUUCGCAUAUGGAGGAGGAGGCGAUGUCCCUGUCAGUAUUUUACUGUUGUAUUUGUGAUGGUCGUUGCUACUGUUGCGGUUUCAAAUACCCAUCUUUAUGUCAUUUGUUGCCAUUUCAUUUGGCUUAUUUUGCUUGUUGGAAUUUUACCCUUGUGGGGCCUCAUUAACCCUUUAAGCCCCAAUAUCAACAAACAAAUUCUCCAAACUGAUCUCUAUAAAGUUCCUUACAGAAUUAGUUGGGAGAAAUUGAUAAAAGAUCUGAGAUUUUUCUCUUUGUGAUCAUUUGAUUAAUUCUCAUAGAUGUUACACUUGACAAUCUAUGGAUAUUGUUAGGAGAAAAUUGAUGUUGGUCACUAUUGGGACUUAAAGGGUUAAACAAUCCAGCCAGGUAAUAUCCCCUGUCUCAAGCCCUAAAUGACUACCUCAGCAUUCAAAACACUUAUUUCUAGUAUUUGAUAAGAUACCACAUUGUUGGUCAUUUAUAGGCAUCUGCAGUUGACAGAGGCUUAAACAGAUGUGCUGCAUUGCUGUCAAAUAUACUGGACAAUGAAGAUAAAGGUGAGGUUUCAUUCCUUUUAACGCUUGAAUAAUUUUAAAAUGCAGUUAAAUGUAAUUUGACGGUUCUAGUGGUCUGUGGUCAGUUUGGAGGGGCAUGCACAGGAGUUCAAAACCCGGGAGGGGAUUACUGCCAUAUAUGGGCUAUAUAGGUAUGUGCCGCUGUAAAGGGUAUGGUUUUCAAGCUGUUCACUCUGGGAUAGGGUGUAUAACUCAGAGUGUUUAAGUCUAGAAUAGGGUAUCAUUUUCCAGGAAACUGAUCAAUCGGUUGAAGAUUUUAGUCUAGACUAAGGAAACCCGGAAUUGCCACUCAAAAAUCGGCAAAUUUAUAUUUACGCAACUCUUCCUAAAAACUACUCUAAGAUAGGGGGAUAUUUAGGGAGUUUAGUCUAGUAUAUUGUAGCAAAAUUCAGCUGAACUAGCUCUGGUAUAGGCUAAGGAUUUCAGGGUCCCAGUGGCACACCCCCACCCAAACAUUCCAAAAGUACCCCCUGCGGGUUCAAAACACUUUUUUGUGGUGUAUGUUUCAGGCAACUUUAGGAGUACUUUCUGCAAGUGUGGUGUCCUGCUAAUACACUUGUUUUUCAGAUAGCACAUCACAUUCAAGAGUUGCAAGUGUGAGCAAAACUGCCGCUUCCUCCAGUAAAAAAGUUCCAGCUGUUCAACCGAUAGGAAGACCAGGAAAGUUUGACAGACAGACGGCAAAAGCAGCCAGUAGAAAAGUCGUGAUCCCCACUGCCAGCUCUGAAGACAAAGGUACAAACAACACAUGUCACCUACAUUAACAGCUGUCAACUGUUUCACUCCUAAAAGUGUUACAGUUAUCGGAAUAAAGCUCUCUCUCUUUUAAAUGCCCCCUAUCUAUUAACUGUCUCUGCAUGGCCUCUUAAAAUUCAGGGCUAUCAUGAAGAGGCGGGGGCCGGGAUUUCCCCCAGCUGCUAUAAAUGUGGUCCCCGGCUAGCCUGCAGGUCAGGUGUUAAGAGGAGAAGGGGAAGGGGGGAUUCAGGCAUGUGAGAGCAAGAGAUGCACCCAAGAAAGGGUCCCCUUUUCCUUCCUCCUCGGGGGCCCAAAUGGUUCACCGGCAUCUUGCCACCAAAUCAUCUCACCACCAAUGAAUCGCCACCAAGAAGUCUAAUCGCCACCAAGUAAUGACCCUGCAUUAAUCGACGUGUUUACUCACCUAGGAUUACUUACCUAGAAUUUUUCCUUCUUCUCCAAGCUUAUUCGAAUGUGAUUACAGAGUUAUUACUUGGUGGCGAGUCGACUUCGUUGGUGGCGAGAUGACCGGCUCCUCCCGAACUGCUUCUUCCCCUUUCCUUGUCAACUCCUGCCACACAGGCCAUGUUCUUACAUGUUUGAUUGCUUUUCAAUCCAGCCACUCCAUCACCAUUGCAUCUUCAUGAAGAAGUUACUGUUAGAUCAACAGCGUACAAUGAUCGUUUGGUAUCGUCCACACCUGUUCUUACUGCAGAAGAACGACAUAAACGCCAACAGCUGCAGAGAAGAGAAGCAGAACUUCAACAAGAACUAGCGCAACUCAAAGAACGUUAUGAGUUCCUUCAAGUAAGUUGCUGUGGUUUCACCCUUCUAAAAUAAUUAUUUCUAUAUUUACCCUCGGCAGUACAUGUAUUUAUAGCGCAAAGGCUAGUGAUUUGAACAAACAACUCAAACAAAAAAUUCACAUAAACUUGCAUAACAGGGUUAAGAAUCCCAACUGACCGGAGGCAAACCAGUUGAUUAUUUACAAACGUCGUCGAGGAUUUGAACUCGGGACUUCCGAUAGCCUGCGUAGCAGGCGCUUGGAAGUAGUGGGCACGAGAAAAAACGGGCGCGCGAAAAGGAGACACGCGUGUCUCCCUCGCGCGCGCCCGUUCUCUCUUUCGCCCACUACUUCCAAGCGCCUGCUACGCAGGCUAGACUUCCGAGAACAAAUCCAGCUAUCGGUUGGGGCGGGACUUGAACUCGCUUGCGCAUGGAAGCACUUAAGGUUGGAGAUUGAGCCUAGAACUAUCACUGCUCAGGAGAUUAAUAAAGAACUAGUCUUAUGUACUUCUUUGAAUUCAGAGACAGCAAAGUCCAAGUCACCAAACGGAGCAAAAGUUACAACUUCAACAUUCCAUGAUGCAACAACUGGAGAAUCACCAACAAAAUGAAGACAGUUCACUUCAACGCGAUGCAUCUCAACGCUCAACCGGAGCACAACCAGAAAACAUUUCAGAAAGGGAAGGAAAUCCAAAUUCAAAUCCGAGAAAAACGUCAGCAAGAAGAAGUCUGGAUUAUUCAGGAUUUUCUGUUAAAAAAGUUCAGGAAAGUGACUAUAAUGACUCUAGAUCAGGGGGACGGAUGGAUUUAGUUGGCAGUGAACACAAUGAUGAAAGUUUAAAACAAGGAGACCAUAAUUCCCUUGAACGGGCGAUAGAUACUGUGCCUGAACCCAAGAAACGGGUGAGAAUUGUUUCGCCUAGUUUCACUCCUUCAUCUUACGUGGACAUUGAAUUACUCUUAAAUACAACUCAAAACCUGACAAAAUCUCUUGACGACCAGGCUGGUCUAUCCGAAGAUUCAACAACCAGACAUCUUACUCCUCCAUUGUCAGAAUCUGGUAAACCCAGCCCCGGGGAAAGAAUGCAUUCAUCAUCUGCUGAAAACCAGACGCGGAUGAUUCAGUAUCUCUUUGAUGAACUUAGAGCCGUUCUUGGAAGUACGGGUUAGUACAGACCGUUUCCUGUUAACCUGCGUAGCAGGCGCUUUGAAGCAGUGGGCAGAAGAAAAAACGGGCGCGCGAGAAGGAGACACGCGAAGGAAGAGGCUCACCCCUCGCGUGUCACCCUCGCACGCGCCCGUUCUCUCUUUCGCCCACUACUUCCAAGCGCCUGCUACGCAGGCUAGUUUCCCGUUUGUUUGUUUGGUUUUUUUCAUUGGCGUCUGAAUAUUAAAGCGUUACCUGUGCUGAGCUGUCGGUCAGCGCAGACGCUCGAAAAAAAGCGUGCGAGCAGCGAAAAAGCGAACGAACGAAAAACGGCCUCCCCGUCCUUCCAGUCUCGCGUAGUUUUCGCGCCACUUUUUUCGACCCGCUUUCCCCACAGUCUUAGCCGGAGUCUGGAUCAGGCUAGUAAAAAAUAGUUUUUAUUGCAAGAAAGUCGCCGUCGAAGUCGGAGUUGCAAUAGGGAGCUUAAGCAACGACGACGGCGACGUCAACGAGAACGGCAAAAAAACUUGAUUAGCAAAACCCCUGACAACAUUUCUGCACGUGCGUCACGCUUUUUUGUACAUUUCUUUGCCGUCUCUUCACGACUACGACGGGAAAAUGUCUAAUUGCACGUUUUAUGGAGGACGUAAACAAGUGACGGCUAGAUUUUCUCCCUCUUUCUGAACUUGUAUGUGGUUCUUAGGAAUUCGGCUCAAAAAGAGUUCGCUUGCAUUUGACAAAGUAAGUGAGUUGGAGUAAUCGGUAUAGAGAUUGAAAAAACGCAAAUUCACUUUUUAAGUUUUCGUGGCCGUCGCCGUCGUGGUAUCUCUUAACAACUCCUUAAUGAAAGAUGUGAUAGCGUCUCAAACACAGUCCCAUCGUCCCAAUCUUAGAGUGGCUAAUGACCCCACAACCUAGUGAUGUCACCAGCAGAGGCGAAAGAACAAACCAGUCAAUGCUCGAUCUCCAUCUUACCUGCCUCCAGAACUCAAUGACCGGCUCACUAUUACCAGUGCUGCUUGAGCCGAAUACCAUGUUUUGAGUGUACAGCGCUCUCUGCUCUUUGAGUAACCAGAGCCAGAACUUUAAUAGCAUUCAACACCCUGUGUACUCUGUUCAUAGGUGACUUGGAAGUAAAUCGACUGUUGAACGAAAUAGAUGAAGCAGCUAAAUUACUUCCGUAUCUUUGGGAGAAAGACAAAACAGCGUCUGCAGUUCAGGAUAUCGAGCAGGCUGUAAAGCCGUUUAAAGUCGAAAACGCUCAACUACGAAGGUUUGUAUGCGAUCUUCAUUUUUGAAAUCAUGAAUAAUCGUAGUGAACCCAAACUGAUUCGUUACCACGCUCUUGUUGUAGCAUUUGUAGAGUGUAGAAAUUUGCGCACCAUAAAUACAAAAACACGCGAUAUUAUGACACAGUCGACACGGAAGAAAAAUUAUUGAGUUUUUGCGGACAAGGGUCGAACCUCAACGAACCCUAGAAUUUCAUAAAUUCUUAAAUUUGUGAUGUCACACACUUUCCUCCCCUCUCAAUAUACCUCUAACUGACUUUCACUGACUCACUCUUAUUUUGAAACUUUGUAGAAGACUCCUUAUUGCCCACCAAAAGCUCAAAGAAGGAUCAUUGAAGAAACAAGAAGAUAAGGCCUCGGCCAAGACAGAUUUAGCAUUUGAAUGUAAGUUUUUGUUCCUAGUGUUUAGCACUGACAUUUAAAAAAGACCUGUAAACCGUUUUCGGUGACUUGGAAAACGUUUGACUGAUCUGACAUUGUUUUGUAAUCCGUAAAUGAGGCGUAGUGCCAAGUGGGAAAAAAGGUAACUGGUUGAAAGAGCAGGAAAACUUGCAGUAAGCCACCCGGUGCGAAGCGCGGAAAAGGUUGCAGUAGUUCACCAGGGGUCAAAAAACAAGACUUUUACAGGUGUAAUUUAGGUUAUUUACAAGUGCAGCUAUUGUUUUCGGACCCUAAAACAAAGGUUACACUUAUUAAUUACACUUGUAAAAGUUUUAUAAAAUUGACCUCUGGUACCAAGCGCGGGAAAACUUGUAGUAGGCCACCCGGUGUCAAGAGCGGGGAGCGCGGGAAAAUAAGCCAAGGGCGGGAAAAAGGUGGAAGUGGCGUCCUCCCAUCUGCAAUGCAUUUCAUUGUAGUUCUUCACUUCACUUUUUUGAAGGCAACAAGAGGUCACCGAAAACGUUGUCCCCUUUGCUUUUCUUUUAGUGGCAGCCUGUAGGUCGGUAAACACUGUUCUACAGAAACAACUAACAGAAGAGAAAAAUAACAAAGAGGAGCUACUAAGACACCGUGAUCAACUUUCUCAGGUCAGAAACUUUUAUACACUUCUUUCGUUUAAAAAUCUCUGAUUUCUCCCGUUUAUCCGGGCUUUUCGUCGAAAUGAAGUGCUAUUUAACGCGUCGAAAUGCACACAGAAGUUGAUUGGGAUAUGGUAUUGGGUACGUUUUUAAGUAUACGCGACUUAUGAAAUUUUGUAGGUCCAGCAAGAUCCAUCUCGGUUAAAGAGCGUUUUCAUAUGACGUCAUGGGGCCAUGUUGUUGUUCUAAACAACGGCGGCCAUGUUAGUGUUUGAAACAAAUCCUGUUGGAGUGUUUUGAAAUGGGAUUACAUAUUUUAGGUCGGAUACGAAACAUGAUUAGAGAAUCGCCUUUUGUCGGAAACAUGCCGAAAACCCACCCCUUCCCUCCAAAAUAAUUUUUUCGGGGGCACUCCACGGUUUUCAAAUCACCAUAGGCUUUGUGCGUAAUCUACUUAGCUCUUACUAUUAAGACAAUUGCAUAAUUUGUUGACUAUCAAAAGUGGCUUAUUUCUUUUAUAUAACCCGGUAGAAUUUAAGUGAAUUACAAGAGGAAAAGAAGAAGUUUCUGCUGAUUUUAUCCAAUAAGGUAAUGUGGCCUUUUUUUAUAACCACAGCUUAAUUUUUUUAAAUAACCAUUUGCCGGUGUUAGAGUUGCAUGAAGGACGUUCUUUGGAACAAAAUAUGCAAAUCUACUAUAUAGAUUUAGCCAGGGCUAAAAGCGAAGCUCUCUUUAAUAUUUACAAUUUCCUCAAAGGAAAUAUAAAAUCGAGUAACACUAUAGACAAGGUGAAACAACGAGAACGGUAAAAAACAACAACAAUAGGUCUAAUUAGCCAAAAAAAAAAAAGAACAACAACUUUGCACGUGCAGCACACUUUUUUGUUCAUUUCCUUGCGGUUGUUUUGCACGACUAAAACACGUUUUAUGGAGGAAACGUUUGUGUUCCUGUUCACUUUGUUUGUUCACUGCCGCUCAUUUUCACCUUGGUUUCUCAUUUUCUCACCGCCGUUAUAUAAUUUUCCUGUUUUUCUACCGACGAAAUUGGUCUCCAUUGUUAUUUAUUUUGCGCUCUAGCUCCUUCCCUGUCAUCCAUCUCAAUGUAGAUCUUAAAAUUUGGUGGAAAGAAAGACUCGUUUUGUUGUUGUUGUUUUUUACUCUCUAAAAGUCCGGGGAGCCAUGUGAUUUACCGCCGAAACGAGCGGGGUGCUUGAUAUGCAAAAUUUCAACUCAGCUUUAACAUACUCGUCCCCCGACGGGCUGACGCUUUUGGUUCCCUUCCCCUCCCCAGAGUCUGUACGGCCAGCGUUCGGUCGUACCCUGACGUCAUAACCAAAUUUUUGCGGAUGGAUAGAUUACCAAAUUGUCUUAGCUAUGGAGCUCCGCUCAACCGCGCGCGAGCAAGGAGCUCCGCUAAAAAAACGUAACCUAACGUAACGUAUCGUAACGUUCCUAUUUUGUUGUUUUAACCCAAAACAGGAACAAGAACUGUUGCGGUUAAAAAGAGAUUGGCAGCAAGAUGCAUCAAAGUUGACUGUUGGUAAGAUUUUAACGGGACGGUUCUUUUCUUCACGAGGUUUAUUUUCCCGUUUCGGUGCACUUUUAUCAUGGAGUUAAAUAACGUUAUCGUCCAGUUAGCCAUCUGUGAAAUAAAGCCUGGUUUUCUGUAGCGUCAAAAAUACAGUAGAGUUAAACGAAUACUUUGCAAACACCUACGCAUGCGCAACCCAGGAUAUAGACACCACGAGCAGUCUUCUCUUUUUUGCUCUCUUUUCUUUCAGUCAGUCGAGCGACACAGGAGUUGGAAAAUUUUGAUCCUUGCGCUUGUGCUUACGCCUAUGCUUACCUUAUUUUCUCGAUUAAACGCUGCAGAUGGAAGCACCAUUACGAAAGAAACGCCGGACCCAAUCAGAAUAAUGCGGCGUUUAUUCGGAGAUUAUAAGAACAAAUUAGGUACAAUUUCGUAAUGUACACCAUGCAUCAAUUUCGAUUCUGUUUCACCAAAAGGGCAAGACAUUGAAACUUUAAAAGUCGUUCUGUUUUACAAAAUAUUUACAAAUGAUUUAUCGUAAUUAUUGUGAGCGAUUUAAGAAAUGUGAUACGGAAAGAUUAUAAGCGCCGCCUUCGACUAAACGCCGCGUUGGAAACACUAAAAGUUUAAUACGCACCGCGCGCCAGAAAGAGGUAAAGAUAAAGAGUCCUUAUUUUCUGUCGGUAGCUCGAGAUAGUCAUCUGUCAAACAAACCUAAGGCCAUGACGGUGCGCUCAUUCCACCCCCCCUCCAUCAGUGUUCCCGUUUUACUUAAAGCCGGAAAAAGGAAGUCGAUUUGAGGUCACACCUGGGAUCUCCCGCAUAGAACGCCGCGCACUAACCAACCGCGCUAAUCCUUCCUCGUUUAAUCAAAUUAAGACGGAAUCCACUUUUGAAAUGCGGCAAGUUUUAAUUUUCAUUGGAAUGUUCCAUUUUUACCAAAAUAAUAAAAAGAAUGAUUGCAUUUGUUUUAAAAUUUAUCAAGGGCUCAAGAUCCACUUUAGUCAUCUGUUUUUUGUGUUAAAAGAUUUUGACCAAUCUUGGGAGUUGAAAAAAUGAAUGAAAAAUUUCAAUUUUAAUUGUUGAAACAUAAAAUUCUGAAAAUUUAUUCAAACUGAUGUAAUUUUGUUAUAUGGACGUUCAUUUCUCGGGCUCCAAUAAGAAAUUUUCUUUGGUGUUAUUACAGAUGACUAAAUACAUCUUUAGCCCUUGAAAAAUGUAAAAAAGAAAGCAAUAUGCUGUAAAUUAUUCUGGUACAAGGUUUUUGUCCACUGAAUAUUAAAAUUAGUCAAUUUUCUGGUGCAUUCCGUCUUAAUUCGUUAUGCUUACGUGCUCGUUUUAACGCUGAAAUAAGAACUCCUGUCGUGCUGAUGGAAACCAGGCUUCUCUCAGUUUCGAGGCUCCGACUAAAAACUUCAGACGGUCUUAAGAUAUAGGGGGCGCUUAGAAAUCCUUGUAACAGAGUUUCUUUCAUUUUAGAAAAUAAAAGAAUGAAGUCAGAUCUUGAAGCUGCUCACCUCUCCUCUGAAGCAGAGAAGAAAGAGGUCAAUAUACUUAACCUUUCUUUGAAGCAGAAAGACGCAGAAAUCGAGAGACUCAAAGAACUCACCAGGUAAAUUAUGUGUAUUUUUUGUAAUUUUAACUCCCUUUUGUAAGGACUUCUGGGAUCGCUACUGAAACAGUCCCAAAAGUCUUUGCGAAAGUUAACUCGCCCCAGUUUCCCUCUUCUUUCUAAAGUGGAGAAUUAAUUAUUGAAGUUCGACAAGUUUCUCUCGUGUUCGAAUGUCGUGAGUUUGUUUAAAAUCGUGAUAUGUGUAAACACUCAAAGUAGUACUUUUCUACGGUACUGUUUAUUUUACUUUGAAUUGGUUCCGGGACGAAUUGCUUCUCAUGAAAGCUACUGUAGCACCUUUAGUUUCUUGAAUUUCUUUUUUUUAUGCUGUGCAUUGUCAUUCUACUUUUUCCAGUCUGUGAUUGCAAUUAUAAUAACGCAGGCUACUAAGUAGUAUUAUCCUUUGGUAUUGUUCAUAAAGUUAUGCCGCAAAACGCGAUUCUUUGAUUUUAUAUGUGAGCUAAAUCCUCACUCGAAAAAAGUAUAUCAUUCAAAAUUUGUUGUUCCUUUACAGCUAGCUUAAACUACAAAAAGGCGGACUUUUUCGAAGUGUCUGGAGAGCGUGGACCUCCACAUUAACAUAGGCGAAAGCGAGCUUAGUGAAAGCAAAACUAAGUUAACAUUUCUCUCAACCGUUUCCUGCUCUCACUUUCUUUUUUUUUUUCUAGAAGUACGAAUAAUUUCUUUACAGUUCGUUUGCAAUCGUGAAAAAAUACUCGGUGCUACAAUAGGUCAAUCUCACUGCGGAAUCUGCAGUGCAACACGUCGUGUAAACGUCGUAUUUUUUAUUCGACAGGGGCCUUCAGCAGUCCCUUACUCGUCUUCUGUCUGACAUUCAGCAGUUUCAACCGAAGGACAUAAAAAGCGGUUCAUUGGAUAACCCCGUCUCUUUUGAAGGCUUGGAUAAUCUGCUUAAGAGAGAUGUCAAAACAAUGUAAGUACAUUUAAGCACUUUUCCUUUCGAUGAAACUAAAAUUUCCAGAUACACGAGCCUAAAGAAGGUUUAUGUGGGAGUCUAACAAAGCUAAGACGCGUCGAGUUUCCGCCCGUUUUCUGUACUAUCUCUGAGAAGACUAAGAGAUUACAGCGUCUUUGAUUUCCGAAGUGUCCGCCAUGAUGAAUGGGACAGGAUUGGCAGCGUUCGAGCGUUAGAAUUGGCGCUCCGUUUUGAAUUUUCUUUUGUUAAAGGGAACCUCCACUCUUACUACAGAAUAAGUUUAAAUCGAAUAAAAUUCUGUUGAUAAACAAAUUUGUUCGAAAUUUGUCCUUAAAAAAGGUGUUUAUAUCAGGAAAAGUGAAUUUUAAAAUGGCUUAUUUUCACUUUCAAAUUUCGCGGGCGCUGCCAUCUUGAAUAAUUGUGACGUGUUACGGUUGCUCUAUUGUUCUGACACAAAGAGCUAUUGUUUAAUAACAAUAGGGCAACCGUAACACUUCACAAUUAUUGAAGAUGGCGACGCCCGCAAAAUUUGAAAACAAAAAUAGGCGAAUCUAAAAGUUAUUUCUUUCGGAUACAAACGCUUUCUUUAAAAAUAUUUUCGAUUGACUUGACUGUAACAGUUAUUUCCUGUGAUUUAAAGUUAUCUUUUUGUUGAAGUGGAGGUUCCCUUUAACUCUUGUCGGCUUAUUUGGUAUAUUCUAUUAGCUCCUGGCUAGACCUGUUACUCCGUUGAUGUCAUACCUUGAAAGCUUGUCGCUAUGACACCUUAAAAUUUUUUUUGCGCUAUUUGGGACGUUCUUUGCAAAAUUUCUGAUGCUUUGUUCAUGUUCGUUAUGUACAGAGGACAGCCAACUACUUUGGGGCUAUCUUCCGCUGAGGCUAAGUCACUUAUAACAGGUAACAGCAACAAUACUACUUCUCCGAGAUUAUUUAAUCGCAAAAAUCCUCAAACAAUUGACCGCAGCGACGAGACUUUGACACGGAGGACUCCAAAUCAGCGUCCUGUGUCACAAAGCAAAAAACGUUUACGAUUUGCCGAUAGAUUAAUGUCGCAACCAGACCCCUCGCCUGCUUUCACUAGCAGGCGGUUCUCCCGUCCGCUGACCGAUGAGAACGAAGGAGCUGAGUAUAAGAUCACCGACGAGUCCUUUGCGAAUUUGGACGGCAUGGAUUCAUUAGAGCAAGGUGCGUUAGAGGUUGAAAAUUUGGAGGAGGAACUAAACAGCUGUGAUGUAUCGCCGCUUUUGUCGGGUGAAGAGGAGGAUUUUCGAAGAGGAUUGGAAAAUCUCGACGCUAAUAUUGCAAGAAUACAGAAAAGUUUGCGAGAAACAGCUUUGAGAACGUGAAAAAGGAAAUAUUGAGGUUCAGGACAUGCAGCUAAAGUUGUCGGAAAGAUAAAUGGCUCUGACAUGGAAAAGCAAAAACGAGUUCAGUGAAUCUUACGUUACUUUUGGAAUGUUAACGACUCGUGCACGUUUAAAGAUAAUUAUUUUUAUAGUCGUAAGAAUUAAAUAUAUUUAAACUUAUCCAGGAUUUUGAGGGGCUUUUAUGAUUUAUUUCCAUUCACACAGUAAAAUGGGCUUAUUUUAACCUCGUUCCCAGGGCCAGUCGGGACGGGUAGGAGAGAACCCUGGGAACCAGGUUGGGCUUAACCUAGUCCCUAAGCCUCAUUAUUCCGCACGGACAAUGCGUGUAGGGUCACGUGGUCCGAUCGCCUCGGAUAUGUCACCAAAGUCAAUUGACGGAGAAGGCCUGGGAAAACACCGUACAGAGAUUGGGCAAGAUUGGGCUAACUUGGAUUGGAAUUAGAGUUCUCCGACUUUAAAACGCUGGUCACCUUAUGAAGGUCACACAGUGGAGUGUCGUGUCAACAAGACAAGGAUUUAGAACAUUCGUGCCAUGACACCACGGCAGCCGAAUAUACGGUGUUGACAAAUCCAAACAAGGAUAACAAAUCUACUACUGACGGGGUGAUAAGGGUUGUGCUUGAGAUGCUGGGUAAGACUGGGACUGAGCAGCAGGCUCUCCCGUCCGCUGACCGAUGAGAACGAAGGAGCCGAGUAUUAGAUUCACUGAGGAACGGGGUGCGUUAUCACGCACAAGCCUCAUCACCCCGUCGGUAGUAGAUUUGCGGUCCUUGUUUGUAUUCGUCAACACUGUAUAGCAUUCCGGAUAACAACAGUGGGACUCGAAAGACCCUUGUGGCUUGCUUGUCUUCAGUCGUCUCUCAGUCUCUCAUUAAUAUUACGAGAGAUGCGGGGACAAGGGGAGCGUGAGGGGUGAUGGGAAGGAGGAAAUCUCCAUCACCCCUCGCACUGCCUUCGGUCACGCUUCUCGCGUUCCGUCCGCCGCGUGCGAACUAAAUAGAGAGGCAGACUGGGGACGAGCCAGCUCUUGUAGCGCUGUGGUUCCCUUUAGAAAAAGAAGGAUCUGCUAAAAUCAGUUACAUUUAUAUAGAUAUUCCUGGGCUUACAAUGACAGGUAAUUCAAUAUGCCUUCCUGUUCGAGGUCGUCUUGAAACUUAAACACCUGCUGAACAUAACAGGUUGUCAUUUUCUUCUAAUUUACAAAUGUCUUCCUCGAGUGCGACAAUACUUAAAUAUCUUUAAGGAAAAAUGGUUAAACAUCUUCUCCUAAGUGGACAGCGAAAAACAAAAUUUCACCACAGAAAAUGAAACCAACGGUAUCGUUUAGCAACGUGCUGACAAUUCUGGUAUGGACUCUCUAUCUCGCCUCCAAGGUAAAUACCAAAAUUCAUCACCCUUUACUCGUUUUUUAAAAGUUUGUUUUGCUUUUUGGUGUUGGUAACUGUUCUUCUGUUUGUUGUCUACGUUUUAAGGGAUGCUCAAUGAAAAAUCCUGGACGUUACGGAAACUAUUUGGCCUACAAUUCAGGUAAGUGCAUAAGCAAGUUACAAUCGGGAGAACAGAGCUUUGUAUUGUAGUAAUAUUCUUUACAACUGCCUUGCAACGAAUAGCCUCGAAACCCAAAUGCAUGGCUUCCAAGUCAACAGAGAAAUAUGAAUUUCUAACAAAACAACUCAAGUUGUUCAAUUUUAAUUUGCACACAGUCACCACAUUGUUUAUUAGUGUGCUUAAAGGUUUUAAAUACCUGAUCCUUGACUUUGUACCAGUGAAGUUAACCUCGCUAGUCUCAUACACUUACCAAUCAGAGAGCAGAAGAUAUCAUUACUAUCUUAAAUUACAUGCCCAUAUAUGGGCAAAAAGGGCGUGGUCCAGAAAAUUUAAAUUUCAAAUGAGCAAUUUUACUACCGGUGGGUUAAUCUGAGUGACGCCGUCAUUCUCGCGAAGAGAGGAGCCAAUGGAGCUCGAAAAAGAGGACACGUGAUUAAUAAUAAUGGAUGUACGAAUUCCCUUUUUCAAUUUCCGGCGGUUGUCACUUCUUGAGUGGAUAAUUAUAAGUCCAGCACUAAAAUAUUUCUGUGAAAUGUUAGUGUGGAUAUCACAUGCGGAGGACUUUCAGAAAAGCACUUCAUAAGUCUUGGUCUUUGACAAAAUUUCAACAACUAUCCUCCUAGAUACCGAAGGCAACCAGAUCGGACCUCACCUUGGUGGUGUCUUAGAAACCGUCUACGUUAUCCCCACAUCGGCCGCGCCCACGGAAGAUGGAACCGCGCGCGGAAACACGACCCCGAGCUCUACAUACGCUCAAGAAAACUUACCCUUUGUUAAUAGGAAACUUGAUCUAAGAACAAAGUUCUCUGCUCCCUCGAAUGUCAGCUCGGCAAAGAGCAGUGAACCAAGUGAUACGUAUACAGCAAAUGGUCCGCAGAAUCUAGCCUCGUAUUCGCUAGAUCCACCGAACAGUUUUCCUCAGCCGACAAGUAUACCGGCAAUCGAUACUAUUUCGGUAACAUCGCCGACUCCGAUGGGAUCAAUCGGGGAUGAAAUGAACACUAUUGAGAAUCUGCCCUCGCUGCCUCGGAUUGGAAGUGAAAUGAGUGAAAACGAGAAAAUUCCUGGCAUAGAAGAGAUUACCAGCAUGCAGAUACCCCUUAGCUUAGAAGAAGAAGAGCCAUUGGAAAAAAGUCACGCUAGUUCCGGUGACUUUAUACCUGGUCACGCCAAUAUUGGUCACACCAACUCUAGUCUCGCUAAUCCUACAGCUAGUAGUAGCAAUGAAACUACUGCAGAUGCAAGGCGGCGAGAAUUUGUCGCCUCGAAUCCGGGUGACUUUCUUGAGACAAAGAGCAUACACCGUCUUAAACUUAGAUCUAGCCAGGUCAAAAGACAAGAGAGCGUUAAGGAAAAAAACAAUCAAAGGACCAACAAAAACAACAAGGACAACAAAGUAAGACAUCAUUAUGCACAUUCUAAAUUGUCAAAAAAGAGGGUGGCUAUUCCUCCUCCCAAACCCAUCGAUCCGAUCCAGCCUUUAAUGGAAAAAUUUGAAAAAGAGAAAGAAGUUGGAGAUAUAAAGGAACAUGUUUUAGACAUGGAAAAGAUAAAACCACAUGAAGCGAUCGAUAAACACCUGAUAUCUAUUGAAUCGCAACCCAACAUCGAACCAAUUGAAAAGCAUUUGUCGAAAGAACAGUCAGACACAAUAGAGCCGAUAGAGAACCAUCAACUUAAAGCGAUUAAACAAUGA